AUGAGUCCAUCUAGUGAUGAUCGCGAAAUCCAGGUACCAUCUUUAUCAACAAGGGUGUCUAAACAUCCACCGACUAUGGGCCUUUUGGAUGCUAUUAAUCUUCUUUUAGCAUGUAUCAUUGGUUCCGGUAUAUUCAUUAGUGCUAAAGCAGUGCUUGAAUAUUCUGGUUCUUAUGGUCUUUCGAUUGUUGUAUGGAUUGGGUGUGGUCUACUUUGUAUUAUGGGAGCAUUAUGUUAUGCUGAACUUGGUUGUUCAUAUGUAUCAUCAGGUGGUGAUUAUACAUAUCUUCGUGUAGCAUUUGGUAAUUUUAUGGGUUUUCUUCGUGUUUGGAUUGAAGUUGCAUUAUCACGACCAAUGAUUGUUGUUUUAAGUGUAUUAACAGCAUCAAAUUAUCUUGUUUAUUGGUUUUAUCCAACAUGUACACCACCUGAAAUAUUAGUUAAAUGUUUAUCAUCAUUUCUUUUAUUAAUUGUUGGUUUUAUUAAUUUAACAUCAGCAGCAGCGACAAAUCGUCUUCAUCAAGUAUGCAAUUAUUUUAAAAUAGCUUCUCUAUUAAUUGUUAUUAUUGCUGGUAUUUAUCGUAUGUUUCUUGGUAGAACAGAAAAUUUUGCUGAACCAUUCGAAGGUUCAACAUAUGGAAAAAUUACAAGUGCAUUCUAUGCUGGUUUAUUUCCUUAUUCUGGAUGGAAUUAUUUAAAUAAUGCAAUUGAGGAUCUUAAAGAUCCAAAGCGUAUAUUACCACGUUCAAUUGUUAUUUCAUUAUUGAUUUGCAUUUUUGUGUAUUUUUUAACAUUCAGUUCAUAUUUUACGGCUUUAUCUGCAUAUGACAUUUUAAUAUCUGAUGCAACAGCUGUUAGCUUUGCUGAACGUGUUUUACCAGUUCUAUUAUAUAUUAUACCGAUUGGUGUAACGAUGUCAUGUGUUGGAGCUGCAUCAGGAAAUAUUUUUACUAUUGGACAAAUGUUUAAUGUUGCUGGUCGUGAUGGCCUAAUGCCACAUAUAUUUUCCAUGAAACAUUAUGAAUCUAAUGUACCUAUGGUUGCAAUUUUAUGUGAAAUUAUUCUUAGUUUUAUUUUUCUUUUCUUCAUGUCGAAUAUUGGAAAACUGAUUAUUUGUGUUGGUAUGAUUAAUUGGAUAUGUAUUUUAUUGGCUGCUGUUGGUUUAAUUGUUCUUCGUUAUAAACAUCCAAAUCGUGAACGACCAAUUAAAGUUCCUUUAAUCGUUCCAAUUAUAUUUAUAACAAUUUUAAUAAUACUUAUUGUUGCAAGUGCAUUAACUGAUUUAGAAAAUAUAAGUACAUCUUUACUUUUAUUAGCAACAGCUAUACCCGCUUAUAUAUUUGGUGUAAUGUGGAAAAAGAAACCAAGUAAUUUUAAUCGUCGAUAUAAUUCAUUCGCAAUUAUGUUACAAAAAUUAUUCCAUGUUAUACAUGAUGAACAUGAUGAAUGA